GCCAACGUACCCUUGACGUUAUUUUGAAAUUUCAGCGGUGAAGCGUUUUGUUGUGUGUGUGUGUGUGUGUGUCACAGAGCUGCACUGCAGCCUUGUCGAUAAAAUUCAAGACUUAUUUUCGCAUAUCGGAUUUAAAAACAUGUCGUUUCCAAGAGCCCCGUUGAAAAGGUUCAACGAGAGCGUAGGUUGUGCCCCUGCGCCGGGAGCCUAUGAGAUCAAAUCUGGGGACCUGAAGGGAGCUGCUACCUUCGACAAAUCUGAUAGAUUCAGAUUUGUUAAGGCAGCCGCUCUGCCACCACCAUCACCCUCCAGAAACCCUCUGGUGUCUCCUGUCCGGAGGACAAUGUCUGUUGAUGGCCUUGUUGAAGGGUCAAGUGUAAAGAAAGAGAAGAACUGCAUGAGCAUGGAGAGGAAGCAGCAGAAACUCCUGGAGAAAGAGAUAAGGUCCCUGGUUCAGGAGCGAGGGGAGCAGGACCGUCGCCUGCUGGUUCUGGAAGAGGAGCUGAAGAAGGUUGAGGCCAAGCUGCUGGCUACAGUGAGGGAGAAGACGGGCAUUGCUGCCAAUGUUACCACCCUGGAAAGACAGCGGGCUGAACUAAAAAAAAUCAACGAAUUCCUAAAAAACAAGGUUUCUGCUGACACGACGAAGAAAAGAAUCAAUUCUCUCACAAUGGAGUUGAUGGAGGCCAGGAACACUUUAGAUGUUAAAAAAAAGGAGUUAAGUGUCCUGCAGGUUAACAGUGAAGGUCAGCUGAAGGUGCUUGAAACUGACCUCCAAGCUGCCAAGGCGACCGUCACGAGUCUAAAGGAUAGGAAUAAAGACUUGGAGGAUCUUCAUCAAGUGACCAAAACUCAGAACAAAGAGUUGGAGAAUGAAAACGCUAGAUUGCAAGCUGUGAUACGGGAGCUGAGGGAGGAGAUCAGAGUUGUGCAGGGGUAUCUGGAUGCAGCCAAUGACGAGAUUCAGGAUCUCCGCUUGAAGCUCAGAGAGAAGACAGCGGAGAACACUGUUUCUGCCUCCCAUUUGGAGAAAGUAGAGCAGCUAAAGACCAAACUAGAGGAACGCAUUACUGAGCUAGAAAACGCUCGAGAUGUGCUGAGACAAAAAGAGGAGGAGGCACAGAAAUUCCAGCAAGAGCUGCAGGUGUCGAGUGAUGCUUUAGUGGAGGCGGAGAAGAGGUUGGAGAACCAAGAGCUGGAACUUAAAUCUUCACAGAAGCUGGUGAGCGAGAUGGAGGAGCAAAUAAAGUCGGCCACCCAAGAAGUUCAAGACUCUCAGGCAACGGUUCGACAGCAAGAGGCAGAGCUUGCUAGACUCAGAGAGGUGCUCAGAAGAACGGAGAAGGAGCUGGAUGAGAGAGUGGCACAUCUUGAACAGAGAUAUCUGUUCUGCGAGGAAGAGAGAAGCAAGACUCAGGAGCAGGGGCUGAGGAGAGUGGAAGAGUUAAAAACAGAGCUCGUCUUGCUAAAGGAGACUAAAAGAGAUGAGAAAAAGAGACAGUUUCAGCUCGAGCAAGAACAUGCUGCUCUCACUAAGGAACUGACAAAAGAAAAGGCACUUGUGGACUCCCUGACUGUCCUGGUGGAGCAGGAAAGGGAGGAGUCCGAAGAGCGGUUGAGACAGCUGAAGGAGGAGAUGGAAGAGGUCCUGGGAGACCUCGCUCUCAUGGAGGAACAGGAACAGCAGAAGCAGGAGGUGGUGGAGAGGAGUCAAGAAGGCCUCCAGAGGCUGCAGGAGGAAAACAAGGCGCUGGAGAAACAGCUGAGUGACACCAGAGUUCUGUUGGAGAGUAAGAGCAACGAUGUAGCAGAUUUGAAAGAGCAGCAUUUCACAGCAAUGAGGGAGCUCCAAGAAGCGCACACAAACUCACUGAGCAAGAUGGCAGACAUUGUCACGGAGCUGGAAAGUGCCAAAGAGGCUCUGAGGGGAGCAGAGGGAAGACAGAAAGCGCUGGAAGCGGAGGUGGAGAGAGUGACCCAGCAGAUGAAGGAGGAGAUGAACAAAGUGGUUCAACAGAAAGAGGAGGAGAUCAACAGAGUGAAGGAGGGGUUAGAGGAGCACCAGGAGAGACAGUUAGCCGAGGCGGAAGCCAGGGAGGAGAAUACAAGAAUAUUGCUGGAGGUGCAGACUCGCCUUGUACAAAAAGAUGAGGAGAUGAAGGCCAUGGAGGCGAGCCAUGCUGCCCUGAUCAGUCGGCUACAGCAGGAGCUACAGCUUCAGACAAAGGAGCGAGAAGAGGCACUGGGGCAACUAGAGGAAGAGAGAGGUCAGAGUGUAACUCGGCUCCAAAACGAGAAGGAAAAAACCCAGAAACUGCUAGAGAGGGUCAGCCAGGAAAAAGGAGAAAUAAUAGAACAGCUCCAACAAGAAAGAGAAGAGAAAGUUAAAAUUCAGACAGCCCUUCAGGAGGAAAGGGGGGCUUUGGAAGUUGAAAGAAAGGACCACCAGCAGGCUAGGUCAGAGGUGCUCAGACUACAGACUGAGCUUGACAGAGCAGAGGCGGUAAGCAAAAGCCUUUUGUCUCAAGUAGAACUCAAAGACCAGUCCAAGCUUACUCUAGAAACUCAGCUAAAAAUGGCAGAGCAGGACAGAAAUCAGCUGCAGUCUCGCCUGAUUGAGGUUGAACAAGAUGCUUCAACGCUCCCGGCCCAAUUAGACCUUAUAGAGGAGAAGAUGAGGGCUACGCAGCGCGAGUUGGAAGAACAACGACAAGACAGACGGGCUCUGCAGGAGCAGGUAGAAGUACUGACUCAGGAAAAGGUUACACUGCAGUGGGAGAUGGAGGAGCAGCGACAGGAACUCCAAAGACAAAUUAGAGAAACACAGGAGAAAAGCUCUCCAAGUUCAGAGGUGGAACACUGGAGGAAACAAUAUGAGGAGCUGUUUGCAAAAGUCAAGCCCUUCCAGGAACAGCUCAAUGCUUUCGCAGCAGAGCGAAAUGCACUGCUCAACGAAAACGGAGCAAACCAGGAGGAGUUAAACAGACUGUCUGACGCUUAUGCUCGCCUGCUCGGCCACCAGAACCAGAAACAGAAGAUCAAACACGUGAUAAAGCUCAAAGAUGAGAACGUCUCCCUAAAACAGGAGAUAUCUAAGCUUCGGUCACAGGUGAGCCGGCAAAAGAGUGAUCUGGAGCAGCUCAAGGCAAAGCUUCCUGGGGCUCCGUGCCGCAGGUUUGAUCCUAGCAAAGCUUUCCAACACAACAAAGAGAAUAGGCAAAGUGAAACAACUGAACCUCUUAAAGGAAAUCAUUAUGCGUAAUGGAGCUCUUCUACCAGACAAGAACUGACAACUAAUUGGCUGUAGUGUUGAGUGUAUCCCCCACGUACUGAUGUUGUAACAGUCUUUUGCGUUAAAUUGUUUCAUAGAGCGUGAGGAUUUGCGUCAUCUGUAUUGAUUUUUAAAAAGAAAUGUUAGGAGCAGAUUGCGUUCAUAUGUGUGUGUGUAAGUGUCUGCAUGUACAGGAGCAGUGUGUAAAAAUAAUGAGGGAAUAGUUGGUACAUGCAAUCCAGAGAACAAAAGUAUAGUCAGUAUAAACAUGUGAAAUGCUUCUUUUAUUGUGUUUUUUUGAAAUUUUAUCUCUGCACUUAGUAAUUCUUAGGGUAGCAACCUAUCAGCAACUAUUUCAGGCAGGGUAGCUGUUUAUGAAUCUUUCUUCUUUGUAAAUAAAGCCAGAUUUUAAUGCGCAACAAAA